AUGGAUAUCGAUAUGGAGAAGAUGGAGGAGCAUGCCGACGGAUCUACUCGUGUCUUUAAACCACCGCAAUUGAGGAGUGGUCAACCUGCUCCACAUAUUAAAAGCAUUGACGAGUACAAAGCGCUUUAUGACCAGUCUAUUAAGGAUCCCAAUGCUUUCUGGACAAAAAUGGCCACUGAACUUUUGACUUGGCAAAGACCGUUUGAUCACGUCAGUUCCGGCUCUUUUGAUGAUGGAGAUGCAAGUUGGUUCCAGGGCGGUCAGUUGAACGUGUCUUAUAACUGUGUCGACCGCUGGGCCGAAAAAGAUCCAAAUCGAGUCGCCAUCAUAUGGGAAUCAGAUGAGCCAGGAAAUGUCGAGAAGAUGACCUACAAGCAGCUUCUUUCUGAAAUCUGCAAAUUCGCUAACGUGCUGAAAAAGUAUGGAACACGGAAGGGUGAUAUUGUGUGUAUAUAUAUGCCUAUGGUUCCUGAAGCUGUGAUUGCCAUGUUGGCGUGCACUAGAAUUGGUGCCGUACAUUCUGUGGUGUUUGGUGGUUUCUCAGCAGAUGCCCUUCGUGAUCGCAUGCAAGACGCUUCUUGCACUUUACUCAUUACAUCUGACGAAGGUCGCCGAGGUGGAAAAACAGUUCAUCUAAAAAGAAUUGCAGACGAUGCACUAAAAGAAUGCCCAUUGGUCACAAAGGUAAUUGUACAUCAGAGGACGGCAAAUCCCGAUGUGCCGAUGCAAGAAGGACGAGACGUGUAUUGGUCUGACGAAGUUGAGGAACAACGUCCAGUGUGUCCGCCUGAACGUAUGGAGUCGGAGGAUCCCCUAUUUAUGUUAUACACAUCAGGAAGCACAGGAAAGCCAAAGGGUGUCGUUCACACAACAGCUGGAUACCUGUUGGGCGUGACGAUAACGGCGAAAUACAUUUUUGAUUUGCACGAGGGUGAUAUACAUGCUUGUAUGGCGGACGUUGGUUGGAUUACUGGACAUUCUUAUAUUGUAUAUGGACCUUUGUCGAACGGAGUGACCACUCUGUUGUUUGAAUCUGUACCAACCUUCCCAACACCGGCCAGAUACUGGCAAUGCAUCCAAGAUCAUCGAAUCACACAAUUCUAUACUGCACCUACCGCCAUUCGCGCUCUGAGACGUCUAGGCGAUGACUUCGUGACACCAUACGACCUAUCAUCGUUACGUGUCAUCGGAUCAGUGGGAGAGCCAAUAAAUCCUGAAGCCUGGCUCUGGUAUUAUAAUAUGGUGGGACGUGGAAACGCAGCAGUAGUCGACACAUAUUGGCAAACGGAAACCGGAUCUAUAAUUAUCUCACCACUGCCUGGAUCUCAUUCUGUUAAACCUGGUUCAGCUACGUUACCAUUUUUCGGAGUGGAUCUGGCAAUAUUGGAUCCAACCACUGGUGUUGAAAUGCCUGGUGCAGCUACUGGGGUUUUGGUUGUCAAAAACACAUUCCCAUCGAUAGCCCGAACUGUUUAUCAGAAUCACGCAAGAUACUUAGACACGUAUAUGAAGCCUUACAAGGGCUACUAUUUCACUGGUGACGGUGUGUCGAGAGAUAACGAUGGGUACUAUUGGAUUCGAGGACGUGUUGAUGAUGUUAUAAACAUUUCUGGUCAUAGAAUGAGUACCGCCGAGAUCGAAUCAGCAUUGGUGUUGCAUCCAAGCUGUGCUGAAGCGGCUGUGGUUGGAAUACAUGAUGAUAUUACAGGGCAAGCACUUGUAUGUUUCUGCACUCCAAAGUCGCAUUAUGUUGAACAUCAUGAGAUGGCAAAGAGUCUUGCCGCACAAGUUCGAAUAUAUAUUGGACCAUUUGCAACCCCAAAGAAGGUGAUUGUGACUCCAGAUCUUCCCAAAACUCGGAGUGGCAAAAUUAUGAGAAGGAUUCUAAGAAAGAUUGCUGGAAUGGAAGUAACGAAAGAAGAUUUGGACAAUGACGAAAAAAUUCGACACGUGUUGGGUGAUACUUCAACACUUGCAGAUCCAUUAAUCGUGCCAAUUCUCAUUCAAAAGAUGUCAAUGACAUGA